AUGAUUGAGCUUCUCAUCAGCAUCGCGUUCUGCCUCUCCAGUGCGCUCACGGUGCUGAUCCUGCUGCUCCCCUCGCAGUAUGAUCCAGCCACGAAGGACAAGCCCAGCGUGCAGAUUCUUGUCUUGGGCGACAUCGGUCGGAGCCCGCGCAUGCAAUAUCAUGCCCUGAGCAUUGCUAAACAUGGGGGCAAGGUUGUCAUCAUCGGGUAUACAGAAUCCGAUCCUCAUCCCGACAUCGUUUCCCACCCAAAUAUCGCAAUUGUCCCUCUUCGUCCCCAUCCCGCAAUUCUACAGACCAGUAACAAGCUCCUGUUUACCAUUUACGGCCCAUUGAAGGUGUUGUUCCAGGUCACAUAUCUAUGGAAAUGCCUUGCGUAUACUGCCCCGCCAUCGCGCUGGCUUCUAGUGCAGAAUCCACCGUCAAUUCCUACUCUAGCGAUUGCGUCUCUAUCCUGUUUCCUGCGACAAACCAGACUGGUCAUUGAUUGGCACAACUUUGGAUAUUCCAUAUUGGCAUUGAAACUCGGCCAGGAUCACCCGCUCGUGAAGCUCUCGAUCUGGUAUGAGAAGACGUUCUGCAAGUCGACCUCGGCACACCUGUGUGUAACCGACGCAAUGGGCUCGGUACUCAAGAAGGAUUUCAAGCUCCAAGCACCCAUCUUGCCAUUACACGAUCGACCGGCCAGCCAUUUCCACCCUAUCAACAACCCCGAUGAGCGAACGAAGUUCCUCAAUACUCUUCCCGAGACAGAGUCUGUGCGUUCUUCGUUGACGGCUGGAACUCUUCGAAUAUUGGUCAGUUCGACGUCCUGGACCCCAGAUGAGGACUUUUCGGUUCUCAUCGACGCACUGCUGCAAUACUCUGAACUGGCCACCGCGAAUCCCAACCUCCCAGAGGUGCUGGCUAUUAUCACAGGCAAGGGCCCGCAGAAAGAAAUGUAUACCCGGCAAAUUGCAGCCCUCGAAGCCGCCGGUCGGCUUCAAAAGGUCACAAUUCGGACCGCCUGGUUGAGUGUGCCUGAUUAUGCCCGACUGCUGGCAUCGGCAUCACUCGGGGUCAGCCUGCAUACAAGCAGUAGUGGCGUGGAUCUCCCAAUGAAGGUCGUCGAUAUGUUCGGCGCCGGUCUGCCCGUCGUGGGCUGGAAUCGCUUCGAGGCUUGGCCGGAACUAGUAACAGAGGGCGUCAACGGAAUGGGCUUUGGAAGCUCGAUUGAGUUGACGGACCGGUUGACUGAGCUUUUUGGAGACAAUAAAAAGCUGGAAACCCUUCGUGUGGGCGCCCAGAAAGAAAGCACCCGGCGAUGGGAUGAUGAGUGGGAUCCCAUUGUAGGCAAAUUGCUUGGACUCACAUAG